UACAAGACACUUCAAAGUUCAGAGAUGAUUCGAGUGUACUUGUUGUGUUGUGCUGUGGUACUCGCUAGGGCCCAGAUUCCAAGUCUGGGUUUCUGUCCCGAUUAUUUGCCCAUGUCGGAAUUUGACAUCGAGAGUUUUUUGGGAAAGUGGUAUGAGGCUGAGCGUUAUUUUCAAUUCACGGAAGUCACAUCGAGGUGUGUUGUGACAGAUUAUGCUAAAGGACCUAGUGGGAAAAUUUAUGUUUCCAACGAAGUUACAAGCCGAUUGACUGGAAUAAAACGAGUCAUAGAUGGCCAGCUAGAAUUGUCAGGAAGAUCUGGUGAAGGAAAAUUUAACAUUAGAUAUUCAACACCUUUAUCUUCUCAAGCACAACUCACGGUACUUGACACAGACUAUGAUAACUAUGCUGUUAUAUGGAGUUGCAGUGGCUUUGGACCAAUUCAUACACAAAGUGUAUGGGCAAUGACAAGAGAGCGUCUUCCAUCAGGGCCAGUCCUCCAAAAAAUCUACGGAGUGCUAGAUAAAUACAAGAUCAGCAGAAAUUUCUUCGUAAAAACAGACCAGGAAGGAUGCGCAUUGGCAGCUUCGGACAUCAAUGCAGCUAAUGGAAUAACAGUCAUUUCAACAGUAGCAGAAUCAAGUGGAAUACCCCAACGAAAGUCACCUAGUUCGAAUAAAAAGAAAGUAACAGAAAAAGUACCAUCAGUACAGGCAGUGAAGGUUUCUGAUAAUGACGUAAACGAUGAUCCCAAUGUUCAAGCAGUUAAAUCAAUAGAGAUUGAUUUAAAAGCUCCGGAAGAUAUUUUACCUGAACCAUUUGCGUCUAAUGUAAAUAUACCUGAAGUUGCUACAGCUGAAGAAGUUCUUCCAGAAGCUUUUGUUCCUAAAGACAUAAUACCAGAUCCUGUUAGUGCUGACGAGAUUUUACCUGAAGUUUUUGUUCCCAAAGCAAUUAUUCCUGAACAAGUUUUACCUGAAGUUGUUAUACGUGAGUCUGUAGGUUCGCAGGGUAUCCUAUCUGAGUCUGUUGUGCCUAAAAUACCAGCAGCAGCCCAAAUUAAUUCUGGAGUAAUUAAAUCUAUUCCAUUUAUCUCCGAGCAAAUUAACAUAGUCGAAACACCAGUUGCUAAUGUUGCAAAUGAUGCAGUUCAAGCAAUCGUUAAGUCUAUUGAAGCUCCAAUUCAACAAGACGUAGUUAAAGCUGAAGAUCAACUUAAGCCCCUCGAAGUAGCUGAAGUUAUUAUCCAAAAUAGCCCAGUAGAACCAGUAGACAUAAAGGAGAACUUAUUGAAAGCACAACUGGUACCAGUUCUUCAACCAGUUGCUAUUUUUGCUUCUGAAGAUGGCCAAGUACCACAAGCAGUUGAAGUUAUCGGAGAAAGUAUCGCACCAGUUAAGAUGGAACUUGACGAAAAAAUCGUUUUACUGGAUUCAAAGACUAAUUAGAUUUAUUUAGCUUUCGUAUAUUUUACUUGUACAAAUUAACAGUAUUUUAAGUAUUUAAUUAUUUAUUUAUUUUGAGUAGUUAUAUAGAAUCAAAUAAAUUAUUAUUUGUAAAAGAA